AGAACAAUGUUAUGUUGGGGAUAUUGGUCUCUGGGCCAACCUGGGAUCAGCACCAACCUGCAAGGCAUCGUGGCUGAGCCACAGGUGUGUGGAUUCAUAUCUGACAGGAGCGUCAAGGAAGUGGCCUGUGGAGGAAACCACUCCGUGUUCCUGCUGGAGGAUGGGGAAGUUUACACGUGUGGUUUGAACACCAAAGGGCAGCUGGGCCAUGAGAGGGAAGGAAACAAGCCAGAACAAAUCGGAGCUUUGGCAGAUCAGCACAUUAUUCACGUGGCGUGUGGCGAGUCCCACAGUCUGGCCCUCAGUGACCGGGGCCAGCUGUUUUCUUGGGGUGCAGGGAGUGAUGGUCAACUAGGACUCAUGACCACUGAGGAUUCUGUGGCAGUGCCCAGGUUAAUACAAAAGCUGAACCAGCAGACGAUAUUACAAGUUUCCUGUGGCAACUGGCAUUGCUUGGCUCUUGCAGCUGAUGGCCAGUUCUUCACCUGGGGCAAGAACAGCCAUGGGCAGCUGGGCCUGGGGAAGGAGUUCCCCUCCCAAGCCAGCCCGCAGAGGGUGAGGUCCCUGGAGGGGAUCCCGCUGGCCCAGGUGGCUGCAGGAGGGGCUCACAGCUUUGCCCUGUCUCUCUCAGGAGCUGUUUUUGGCUGGGGGAUGAAUAACGCAGGGCAGCUAGGGCUCAGUGAUGAAAAGGAUCGAGAGUCUCCGUGCCAUGUAAAACUCUUACGUACACAAAAAGUUGUCUAUAUUAGUUGUGGAGAAGAACACACAGCCGUUCUCACGAAGAGCGGAGGUGUGUUUACUUUUGGUGCUGGUUCCUGUGGGCAGCUUGGACAUGACUCCAUGAACGAUGAGGUUAAUCCGAGAAGAGUUCUAGAGCUGAUGGGCAGUGAAGUAACUCAGAUUGCCUGUGGCAGACAACACACUCUAGCUUUUGUGCCUUCGUCCGGACUCAUCUAUGCAUUUGGUUGUGGAGCAAGAGGUCAACUCGGAACUGGACACACCUGUAACGUGAAGUGCCCAUCUCCUGUCAAGGGUUACUGGGCUGCCCACAGUAGCCAGCUGUCAGCCCGAGCUGAUCGCUUUAAAUAUCAUAUUGUUAAGCAGAUCUUCUCUGGAGGAGACCAAACUUUUGUACUUUGCUCCAAAUAUGAGAAUUCAUCUCCUGCUGUUGACUUCAGGACUGUGAACCAAGCACAUUACACCAGUUUAAUAAAUGAUGAAACCAUAGCAGUCUGGAGACAAAAACUCUCAGAACACAACAAUGCGAAUACAAUCAAUGGUGUUGUACAGAUAUUAUCUUCUGCAGCCUGUUGGAAUGGAAGUUUUCUUGAAAAAAAAAUUGAUGAACAUUUUAAAACAAGUCCCAAAAUCCCUGGGAUUGACCUGAACUCAACUAGAGUGUUAUUUGAGAAGUUAAUGAACUCUCAGCACUCCAUGAUUCUAGAACAGAUCUUAAACAGCUUCGAAAGUUGCCUGAUUCCCCAGUUGUCAAGUUCACCACCAGAUGUUGAAGCAAUGAGAAUCUAUUUAAUACUACCUGAGUUUCCCCUGCUCCAGGAUUCCAAGUAUUACAUCACGUUGACUAUUCCCUUGGCUAUGGCCAUUCUGCGGCUGGAUACAAACCCCAGCAAAGUAUUAGAUAACUGGUGGUCUCAGGUAUGCCCGAAAUAUUUCAUGAAGCUAGUAAACCUCUAUAAAGGUGCAGUCCUGUAUCUACUGAGGGGAAGAAAGACAUUCUUAAUUCCUGUACUAUUUAACAAUUAUAUCACAGCAGCUCUCAAGCUCUUGGAGAAGUUAUACAAGGUAAAUCUUAAAGUGAAGCAUGUGGAAUAUGACACAUUUUACAUCCCUGAGAUCUCCAGUCUCGUGGACAUCCAGGAAGACUACCUCAUGUGGUUCUUGCAUCAGGCCGGGAUGAAGGCUAGACCAUCUAUAAUACAGGAUGCUGUGACACUUUGCUCCUACCCUUUCAUCUUCGACGCCCAAGCCAAGACCAAAAUGUUACAGACCGAUGCUGAACUACAGAUGCAGGUGGCAGUCAACGGAGCCAACCUGCAGAAUGUCUUCAUGCUUCUCACCCUGGAGCCUCUGCUGGCCAGAAGCCCCUUCCUGGUCCUUCACGUUCGUAGGAACAACCUUGUCGGAGAUGCCCUAAGAGAGCUGAGCAUUCAUUCUGAUAUUGAUCUGAAAAAGCCUCUCAAAGUAAUCUUUGAUGGUGAAGAAGCAGUGGAUGCUGGUGGCGUUACAAAGGAGUUCUUUCUUUUGCUGUUAAAAGAACUUUUGAAUCCCAUCUAUGGAAUGUUUACCUACUAUCAAGAUUCAAAUCUCUUGUGGUUUUCAGAUACAUGUUUUGUAGAGCACAACUGGUUUCACUUGAUUGGCAUAACCUGUGGCCUAGCUAUCUAUAAUUCCACUGUGGUGGAUCUCCACUUCCCGUUGGCUCUCUACAAGAAGUUACUGAACGUAACGCCUGGCUUGGAAGACUUAAAGGAGCUAUCACCCACUGAAGGAAGGAGUCUUCAAGAGCUUUUAGAUUACCCUGGGGAAGAUGUUGAGGACACUUUCUGCCUCAACUUCACGAUCUGCCGAGAAAGCUACGGCGUGGUUGAGCAGAAGAAGCUGAUACCCGGGGGAGACAAAGUGACCGUGUGCAAGGACAACAGGCAGGAGUUCGUGGAUGCUUACGUGAAUUAUGUCUUCCACAUCUCAGUCCACGAAUGGUACACAGCCUUCUCCAGUGGCUUCCUGAAGGUGUGUGGUGGCAAAGUGCUUGAGCUCUUCCAGCCUUCAGAACUGAGGGCCAUGAUGGUGGGGAACAGCAACUACAACUGGCAGGAACUGGAGGAGACUGCCAUUUACAAGGGCGAUUAUUCAGCUACACAUCCCACUGUGAAACUAUUUUGGGAAACAUUUCAUGAGUUUCCGUUGGAAAAGAAGAAGAAGUUUCUCUUGUUCCUGACGGGCAGCGACCGCAUCCCCAUCUACGGCAUGGCGAGCCUGCAGAUCGUCAUCCAGCCCACGGCCAGCGGCGAGGAGUACCUGCCGGUGGCGCACACCUGCUACAACCUGCUCGACCUGCCCAAGUACCGCAGCAAGGAGGUGCUGCGCGCGCGCCUCUCGCAGGCGCUGGACGGCUACGAGGGCUUCAGCCUGGCCUGAGCCGCGCAAAGCCCCGGCAGCGAUUGCAAUUUUUUUUAUCGGCCGAGGGGGUUGAGACGUUUCCAUCCUGAACCCGGUCGACGUGUUUCUGGGCUUGGAAAGCAGUAAAACAGCCUUUUUGAAAAAACGAGAGCUUAGGGAUGGGGUGAAAGAGUUGGCUCUUACGCGGGAGGUGUUUUGUCUUUGUUUUUGUUUUCAACCAGACUGCCUGCUGUUGCUCGUUCUUGCGGCUGCGUUGCCCUCUGCUGGACAGCGUGGCGGUGGCUUUUACACUUUCGUUUCCCAGAUGUCUCUCCCGGCCCGACCGCUGGUCUGGGCCGCUCGGCCGUCCUGACCCGCGCGGGGAGCGCCUCCCUCCCUGCAGCCCGGACGCCCGGCCUGUCCCUGUCGCAUCGCAGCCCCGCCUGGCCCGCGAGGAGGACGGACUGCUUCCGAGACUCCCAGCUCCAAAAAGCUGAGUCUGGGUCCGUUACUUUGGCGGGACUCUUGAGAAUUUCUGGGAGCCUUUAUAAACACAUCUUGCUUAAAAAAAAAAAAAUUCUCGAGGGAACAGCAACCUUCCCACGGCUGUGCCCACUUCCUAGAGCUUUCUGGAGAUGCGCAGAGCAGCCGAGAGUUGCAGCCGAGCCUGAUUUUGUCUUGUAGCUCAGCCGCGUGCCUGUGACAAGGCGAAGUGACAGGCCCCUACCUGUCCUGCUGUUUUGCUCCUGGAGCAGGUUGCGUCAACGAUGUUGAGUCUCCGUAUUGUCCCAGAGAAAAGCAGAAAUGAUAAAUUUCUUGUCCUGUUCUCUAUUACUUUACACCCUCCACCACUUUCUCUCUCCUCCUUCCCCCCUUCCUCCCUCACUUUCCUUUCGUCCCUUUCUCACUUUACCCAGUUUUUGUUACUUAAUAGUCCUCCCCGCUUCUCUCCUAGUGGGUGCAUGCAGUCUGUUUACUUAAAUUUUUAUUUAAAUCGCAAAAUUUGUACUCAGAUUCUUUUUUCCUCUUCCCUAAUUGCUAAGACAUAAGGACAUUCUUUAUUAGGGAACUUUGUUUAUCAAAUUUGAAAUGUCUGUUUACAGUGGGAUUUUAGGGGAGAUUGUGUUUAAAUCAAAUAUAUCUAUCUCAAAAAUAAUGACAUGCUCAACCUUCCUCAUCCUGGGCUAAGAAAAUUCUAGAUGAUUAAAGAGUCCAUGUAAGCCUAAUUUUAAAUUCCUAGUAACUAGAGAAAAGACUUAUUUAUAUAAA